CAAACCUAAAGACCUCUGUUCUGUCUGCAGCCAGGAGGAGACGCUUCGACAAACUGGAUGAGAUGUUGGCCGGGGGUCAACAGGAAGUGGUUCUUAGGGCCCGACCAGCAGAUGACUUUAGAGCGGCGACGGUGAAACAGAGACCGACCAGCCGGCGAAUCACACAGGCCGAGAUUAACUCGUUGUUUGAGCGUCAGGGUCUUGUUCCCCCCUCGGCUCCAGAGAAAAGCACCAUGGCUUUACCUCGAGGGAUGUCCAGAACCAAGAGCUUUGGCACGCCUGACGAUGACCGGAUCUCGGCUCUGAUCAAUGAAAGUCGCUUUCCUCGGAGCUCCUCGCUGACGGACGGCUUCAUCCCUCCCCCUCCUCAGAUGGCUCCGCCUCCUCCACCCUCCGCCUCCUCCUCCACAUCCUCGCUAUUCCUCCUGGACUCCGGCCCCCCCCCGUCGUUCCUCCCGCCUUCUCCCCCGGCCAGAGGGGAAGGGCUAACGCGCUCCAGCUUCAAGCCGGGGGCGGAGCCUAGGCUGGUGGAGCUCUGUGAUUCGCCGACGAGGAGCCACGCCCACGCUGAGCGCCAGAGGAAGGCUAGGUCGAUGAUCAUCCUUCAGGACACGCCUCCGCCACCGCCACUUCAGCCGGACACACACUCCGGCAGCACACACGCUCUGCACACCGCCACACACACCGCCACACACACACUUCACACGGCAACACACACAUCUACGCUGUCGCUGCACAGCACAAGCCCCGCCCUCGGUCACUCGCCGCUGUCACGCCGCCGAGGAAGAGCAAUAGAAAACCCGUACGCUAACGUUGGACAGCAGGCGCCGCCAUCCAAGCCACAGAGGAGGAAGUCACCUUUGUUGAAACAACUUCCUGUAGAGGAGCAAGGAAUAAAAGACCAGGACUUAUUGAAACCAGACGGACCCAGCAGCCCCAGUCGGGCGGAGAUGUACCAGCAGCAGGUUCUCUCAGAGCGAGCCCGGGUUCAGGGUCGGAGGUCGUCUCUCUUCCUGUCCGUCGAAGGAUCUGGGUCAGAGAAUCAGGUGACACUCCUAACUCUGAGCCAUUCGAUGGACGAUCUUGGCGAGCUUCCUCCUCCAGCCCCGGUCCUUUCACCAUCACCGACGCCUCACACCUUCCUCCACCCACUGACCGGGAAACCACUAGACCCCUCGUCUCCACUCGCCCUGGCUCUUGCUGCACGAGAACGAGCGCUCACCGCCCGAACCCCGAGUCCAGAGCCUCGACAUAAACACGGAUCUGCCUCACCUAUCCCCACCCCUGCAGCCAGUCCAGAUGGACGACACAAGCGCACCCCUAUCCCCACCCCGCAGGGCAGCCCAGAGCCUCGAUCCAAGCGCACCCCCCCUCAGACGAGCCCAGAGCAGCGAACAAAGCGUACCACCCCUCAAACCAGUCCGGAACUGAGGCACAAACGCAUAACGCCGCCUCUGUUCCCCGACGGACCGGUGGAGCGUCCGGAAACCGAGGGAGGAGUUACAUCGCCUGCCGCUCCAUCGCCCGAGCGUUGGAGACCGACCCCUUUGCCACCGCUGGCCAAUGAGAGUCACGCCGCUCUGAUUGACAGGCGCAGGAGCCUAACAGUGGGCAGCUCCGAGGAGGAGGGCGGGGCUUAUACGGUAACACUCCCGCCGGCGUUAUUGUCGUCAAGCGAUGAGGAAACCAGGGAGGAGCUUCGCAGAAUUGGCCUGGUUACUCCCCCCGCUGCCUUCGCCAGCCCUCCCCCUCUUCCUCCCCCAUCCUCCCUCACUCUGUUGACUCGACGAGGCGGGGAGGGAGGGGGAGGAGAUCCUGACUCUCUAGGUAGACGAGGUGAUGAGGAUGAAAGUGACGAACGUCUACAUGACAGCUCUUCCCCCAGCUCCCUCCCUCCCUCCAUCACCUUGGCCUCCCCUCCUGAUCCAUCCUCCCCCUCCUCCCCUAUAGCUACUCACCCAUCCCCUUCCUCCCCCACCACCGCCCCAUCUGUUUUGAAACCACGCCUUCGUUCACCGUUAGGUCGCGGUCGCUCCACGCUCCGUGAUCCUCUUCUGAAGCAAUCAUCAGACAGUGAGCUCCUCCCGUCUGCUGCCUUUUCCUCCUCCCCUUCCUCCCCUCUCUGUUCCUCACCCACUGGUGGAGGUGGACGUCAGCCUCGUUAUCUUUUCCAGAGAAGGUCGAAGCUUUGGGGCGGCGGGGAUGACGAUCGUCGGGGAUUCAGCCCGGAUGAAGGCGGCCGUCCAGCGGCAUUCGGGGGUCAUAUUGCCGGGUCAGCUGUGGAUCUGAGCAACCGGUCGUCUUCGGCUCUGGAGCUGAGCGGCCGGGCCGGGUCUGGACUGGAUCUGGUGAAUCGGCUACAGCUGCUCAACAAAGACAGUCAUUCUCUGGGGGAGGAGCCGAGUCCCCUGGAUCCGGGCCGGAGGUCGCCAGUAGGAGGUGCCAG